AGCAAGGCGUCUAGGAUCGUAGGUGCUGACCCGGCGACUCCUCCAUCCCGUGCUCCGGCGCACCUCGCCUCAGACCCCGCGCUGGAAUUCAUUAAAAACUACUGAGGAAUACAGGCAGCAUGUUCUACACACAUGUGCUUAUGAGUAAGCGAGGGCCAUUGGCCAAAAUCUGGCUUGCAGCUCACUGGGAGAAGAAACUCACUAAGGCCCAUGUAUUUGAGUGUAAUCUAGAGAUAACCAUUGAAAAAAUUCUUUCACCUAAGGUGAAAAUUGCACUUCGAACUUCAGGACACCUUCUUUUGGGAGUUGUUCGAAUCUAUAAUAGGAAGGCAAAAUAUCUUUUGGCAGAUUGCAGUGAAGCAUUGCUUAAAAUGAAGAUGACAUUUCGCCCAGGACUGGUUGACCUUCCAAAAGAGAGUUUUGAAGCAACUUACACUGCUAUCACAUUGCCAGAAGAAUUUCAUGAUUUUGACACCCAGAAUGUGAAUGCUAUUGAUAUUUCAGAACACUUUACUCAGAACCAAAGCAAACCAGAAGAAAUCACACUUAAAGAAGAUUUUGGCAAUGAUCUACUUUUCCAAGCUGGGAGCUUUGGGGAGGAAGCCGAAAUCCUUAGAAGACAUAGCUUCUUUGAUGACAACAUAUUGCUGAAUUCCAGUGGUCCUUUAGUUGAACAUAGUUCUGGAAGCCUCUUUGGAGAAAAAUCUCUGUUUUAUGACAGUGGAGAUGGAUUUGGAGAUGAAGGGGCUGCAGGAGAAAUGAUUGACAAUCUGUUGCAAGAUGAUCCAAAUAUCCUGCUAGAAGACAUGCAUUUGAAUAGGGAAAUUUCCCUGCCUCCUGAGCUUCCCAAUACAAUAGUGGAUAUUGCUGAAAAAAGAAAAGGCAAAAAGAGGAAAUUGCUCAUAGAUCCAGUCAAGGAGAUCAGUAGCAAAAUUAUGCAUAGACAGCUUACUUCCUUUACGGACACACUCAUGGUUUUGGAACUUGCACCUCCUACCCAAAGACUGAUGAUGUGGAAGAAGAAGGGAGGAGCAGAUACACUUCUGUCAACUGCUGCCCAGGAUUUGAUUCAUGCCGAACUAAAAGUGUUGUUUACACAAUGCUUUUUGUCCUCUGGCUUUAAACUUGGAAGAAAAUUGAUGCAGAAGAAGUCAGAAAGGGAAGAAAUAGGAAAUGAAAACAUCGUAGAGACCUCCAUGAUGAAAGGGUCAAAUUCCCUGGAAGAGUUAAGUCAAUCCUCAACUUGGAAGGAAGAAAUUGAUGGAUCUAAGUGUAGCUUUCACAAGGAUACCAAUAAAAAUAUUAACUCCGAUCAGGAUAUUGUUGAAAUGGUCUCUUCAACUGCUGAGGAAUCAUCUUUAAUGAAUGCCACCCUGGCAGAAGAAGUUGAAAACUGUCUAACUGAAUUGGAGUCAUUGGGGAAUGAACAAAAUAUUGAGGCAGAGAGAUGGAAUCGAAGAAUACUUCAAAUGUUAAACAGAUUGCGGGAAUCUAACAAGAUGGGAAUGCAGUACUUUAGUCUGAUGAAGCUCUGCAGAAAUAGUGACCGAAAACAUGCUGCUGCCAAAUUUUAUAGCUUUCUUGUCCUAAAAAAACAGCGGGCUAUUGAGCUGAGUCAGAGUGCUCCCUAUGCAGAUAUCAUAGCUACAGUGGGACCAAUGUUCCAUAAAAUGUGA